ACAGCCUGCUCCUUGACAUCCACCAUACACUCACACUGAACCAGAGGCUUCCACCAUGACGAGGGACCAAAGUGGAACCUGGGAAAUGGAGAGUAAUGACAACUUUGAAGGCUACAUGAAGGCCCUAGAUAUUGAUUUUGCCACCCGCAAGAUCGCAAUACAUCUGACUCAGACAAAGAUCAUUGAGCAAAACGGUGAUAACUUCAAGACAAAAACAAACAGCACGUUCCGCAACUAUGAAGUGGAUUUCACCGUUGGAGUGGAGUUUGAUGAGUACACAAAGGGCCUGGACAACCGGAAGGUUAAGGUACUGCCCGGGGCUGCUGUUUGGACUUAGUGAUGCUGGCAAUCA